UGUAAGCGUUAAAAGAUUUAGAGAUUUUGAUAAUAUGGCGAAUCAACAUUUCUUCAAGCCUCUUCUUCCCGGAUUCCACAACCACUUGACAAUUCCUACAACUUUUUUCUUUAAGCAUAUACAUAGAAAAUCUGAGGAGAAGAUGGCGAAGCUGAGAACAGACGUGUCAAAGAUAACCUGGGAAGUGAAAGUAGAAGAUGGCCGGAGACUCAGUGAAGGUUGGAAAGAGUUUGCUCUCGCGCAUGAUCUACGAGUUGGUGACAUUGUCGUUUUCAGAAAAGAGAAAGACAUGACUUUCCAUGUGGUAAUGUUCGGACCUAGUUGUUGCGAGAUUCGAUAUGGAUCUUGUUUGGACAACAAGAACAACCUCGGGAAGAUUCAAAGGAAGAAGAAAUCCAAGAAGAAUGCAAGAAGAGAAACAGGGUCCUCUCUAGACCCCUCUUGUUUUGUGGCUAAUGUCACUCCUUUGACAAUCCAAUGUGACAGACUGAAUCUUCCAAGUAGUUUUGUGAGGAAAAAUGGUUUCGACACAAGACGUGGUGAGAUUGUUAUAAUGAAUGAAAAGGGCACAUCAUGGACGUUAGAUUUGAAAGGAAAGAACUCACAUGGAGUUACUUAUAUCAGUCGAGGGUGGAGAAGUUUUUGUCAUGCUAAUGGACUCAAAGCUGGAGAUAGAGGAUCGACUCUGGUUCUAUGUUUGUCUCCCAAAGAGUCCGAAGAAGAUUGCUCUUCAGAAGCUAAUGACAUGGAGUCUCUUUCCACAGAAACCGACAGCGAUGUAGAGAGCAGCAAAGAGAAGAGGAGCUCACAUGACUGUUCAACAAGAAACGAAAACAAGGGUAUGGUGAUAUGGAAAGCUUCAUCUUCCACAUCCGAAAACCAAUUUGUGACAGUAACUCUUACACCUUACAACAUCAGAUUAUCCAGACUGGUUCUUCCAAUACCGUUCACUAGAGUGAAUGGUAUUAAAAGGACAAAUAAGAUGAGUCUGUUGGAUAAACACGGCGUCAAGUGGUCUACAAAUCUGCGGUUUGAGGAGGAACGUAAGAGAAUGAGAAUUGUAGGAGGUUGGAAAGAGUUCUGUGACACUAAUGGUGUGAAGAUAGGAGAGUCU